AUGGAAGCUGAUGAAGAUAAUGAUUCUAGACCUCUCAAGAGACCUCACACAAGCACAGAGACAGAUGCUAAGGAGCAUAAGGAUGCUGGAGACUCAAAGCAUGUUAAUCAAAAUAGUUUACCCACAGUUCCAGAAUCUUCUAAGUUUGAAAACAAAGAGACAGGAGCUGUUCAUUCCAAAGAAACUUUGAAGGACAACAAUGAGGGUUUUAAUAAAAAAGCUGAGAUCAGAGGGGUAACUGGUGGUAGGUCUACUGUUCCUGCUGACCCAGUUGAAGUUGGAAGCUCUGACCUAGAUUUAUCUUCAAGUAAUGAUCCAGACAUAGAAUAUCUGGAGUGUCCUGACCCAGAAUUUAGUGAUUUUGAGAAGAUGCGUGAUGAAAACCAGUUUCGUGUCAAUCAGUUUUGGGCUUGUUAUGAUACAUUAGAUAGCAUGCCAAGAUUCUACGCCAAGGUGAGGAAGGUAUGUUCUUCUCCGUUUGAAUUGCAUAUUACAUGGCUGGAAGCUGUUCCUAUACAUGAUUCUUUUAAAAGGUGGGUAGAGGCAGAGUUGCCUGUUGGUUGUGGAAGUUUCAAGAUUGGCAAAACUGACAAAAUAUCUGGAUGCUUGUCACUCUCUCAUCAAGUGCAUUGUGAAAAAGGGAAAAAGAGAGGUUCUUUUUUCUUAUACCCAAGAAAAGGGGAGGUUUGGGCUCUUCUGAGAGACUGGGACAUCAGUUGGAGUUCUGACCCCGAGAAUCAUGAGAAAUUCAGAUAUGAAAUUGUUGAGGUUCUCUCGGAUUUUGCUGAAGGUAUUGGCAUAAAAGUUGUCCACUUGGACAAGGUCAAUGGAUUUGUGAGCCUCUUCCUGAGGCGUGAGCAAAAUGUAACCAAUUCAUUUUUAAUAGACCCGAAAGAGCUGUACAAGUUCUCUCACUUUGUUCCCAGUUUCAAAAUGACUGGCAUGGAAAGAGAAGGAGUGCCGAUAGGUUCCUUUGAGCUUGAUCCUGCUUCUUUACCUCUUAAUCCCGAUGACUUGUAUUUCCCUGGGAAAGCAAAGGUCGACCAUAGAGAUAAAAAUCCUAGUGUUGGGAGCUCACUGCCAAAAUGUGCUGAGGAAAACGGUAAAUCUUCUAAGUCGGGGAGAAUCUGUAGUCCACAUAAGACUGUGGAUUCGAAAGGGACUACAGGGCUCUGGCGAUCGCCUCGAGGAGGGAAUGUUAUGAAGCAAAGCACGAAUUGAUGUCAUCAUGUAUUCCCCCAAACAACAUUUGUUUACUGAGGCUGGUGAAGAUAUAUGGCUAGCUGGAUGUGGAUUUUGUGGUUUUCCCUCAACAAAUAAACAAGUCAGACUUUGGCAAACAAAUGGUAGGUACCCAUGAUUUGGUUGGUUUUGACUAGCCGUAUAAGGACCAAAUUUCAGAAUUGUUGGAAUCUUGAACCUGUCUUGAUGUCUCCUUCUGAAGCGUCUUGUGUGGUCCGACUGUGCAGAACUUUUUGUUAGUGGAUCAUAACAGGAACUGAAGAUGAAGUAUUCUGCAGAGAUAGUCAUUUUUUUUAUUAUGAGGUUCCAGCUUACUGGUAGUAUUUGGAGGGGGGGUUCACAAUCUGUUUCCGUGGGUAUGUACUUAUAAAUUUACUAUCAUAGUGUUGGUGAUAGUUUCUUAGCCUUUACUAGAUUGGUAAAGAAUUACUAUUAAUAUUGUAGUUGCAGCUAUUCUAACAAAGAGUAGAUGACUGUUCUUUUGUUUUUAA